AAGACAAUAAUAUAAUAAUAUGGCGGAGUGUACCGCUGCCGUGCUGGAGACAAUGAUGGUGGUGAAAAUCUGUAGUCAUUGAUCUACCAUACAUUGAGGGCUGUGAUUUUUUUUUUAAGCGAUGCCCUAGAAUGACAGCAGCAUUUUCAUCCGAUGUGAACGCCUAUAUUAAGAACUUCAAGAAGCAGAACAGGAGUAGAACCUUAAACUAAGGCAGGCAGUCAGGGAAAUGAACAACUCAGAGUCAUACUGACUUGUUGUGAGACUGAGACAAACUCACAACAAAAACAGAACAGUCAUAUUAAAUUGUGAAACUUCUAGAAUCUAGAUCUAACAGUUUUGUGUAAAAGAUAAAAAAAUCAAGUUUAUGCUAAUGGAUAACAUAGGCUAGAUUAGUUGAAACAGUUUAGAACUGCAAUAGUAUCUGUCGGUUCAACUUCAAACUUUACUUGAACUUGAACACUGGAAACUGGACCUGGCAAGAUCCCCUGGGACUGAAUCUGCUCACCUUUUUGGUGACUGAAAUUGUAAAGGAUAGGAAGCUGCUGUGAUGGGGUACGAUCUGACCCGCUUCGAAGGGGAUGUGGAUGAGGAACUCAUUUGUCCCAUAUGUAGUGGAGUCCUGGAGGAACCACUGCAGGCACCUCAGUGUGAGCAUGCCUUUUGCUCAGCCUGCAUUCAUGAAUGGUUGACACGCCAGCCCACCUGCCCAGCUGACCGCAGCCCCAUCACACCCAAUCAACUGAAAAAUGUGCCUCGUAUUCUGAGGAAUCUUUUGUCUAGACUGACCAUCUCCUGUGAUAACAAAACUUUUGGAUGUCCAGCAUUAGUGAAGUUGGACGCUCUCCCUUCCCACCUUCAAGAAUGUGAGUUCAAUCCAAAAAAACCUGUACCCUGUGAAAAUGGCUGUGGGUCCAUCAUACCAAAAGAUGAAAUUAAGGAUCACAACUGUGUUAGGGAGAUUCGUUCCAUGCUGCAGCAAAUGCAGCAAAAGUUUACAGAUCUUCAAACAGAGAAUAUGGAACAAAAGAUGCAGUUGACUGAGCAGAAGAGAGAAAUUCAGAUGCUGAAGGAGCUGUUGCGGUCCAUGAGAGUGUCCAGCCCGAGAACCAAUGAGAUACAAAGCACCAUCGAGAAUGAAGAUGUCAUCAGGUGGGUGGGCAGUCUGCAACCUGCACGGGUGACGAGGUGGGGCGGUAUGAUCUCCACACCAGACGCUGUCCUGCAGGCGGUGAUCAAGCGGGCGCUCAUUGAGAGUGGGAGCCCGUCCCAUGUGGUCAACGAGCUGAUGGAGAACGCCCACGAGCGACGCUGGCCUAGUGGCCUCAGCACUCUGGAAACCCGCCAGCUCAACCGCAGGCAGUACCAGAACUAUGUGACCAAGAGGAUCCCAGGCAAGCAAGCAGUGGUGGUAAUGUCCUGUGAGAACCAGCACAUGCCAGAGGAGUUGAUCAUAGAGCCGGGACUCGUCAUGAUCUUUGCCCACGGAGUGGAGUGACCCUUCCCCAUCCCGUUCGGGCAAAUUAUGUGUCACUUUUCUGUUCUGGAGUAUGAGUGAGCUGCCAGCAGAGCAAGUUUCCCCUACCUCCUUCUGUGUGUCUGUGUGUGUGCAACCUGGUUGUGAUAACUUCAGUGCUGAAAGAGCUUGUGUGCGGGACCCAGGAUUUGCUGCUAUCAAAGAAAGGUUUCCUCUGAUGAGACUCAUGCUGGGGUCUGUGGAGGUUGCUAUGGUCUAUGUUGCCAUUUGCUCUAGAAACGUACGCUUUGUGGUGUUUCUGUUUUCUCUUUCAAGUCAAGUGGAUAAGUAUUUUAAAUUAUUAAGUGCUGCGUGACUGAUAUAUAUUCAUGUUUGGGCACCAGUGAAGAUCAUUUUUGUUGUCUUCGUGCAAGUUCCAAGCCUAAGCAAAUGUGCAAAUCAUUUUUGAGCUCAGGUGAUUGUUACCACAACUUCAUCAUAAAAUGUAUUCAUUUAAAGAUGUGAAAGUGUAUGUGGCAAAGGGCGUUUCUCUCAUUGAGAGCUGAGGGAGGUGAGGUGUGAGGGUUUUUUGUUUUCUUUUGUCAAUUAAUUUCUACUCUUUUUUCAGCAAA